AAUAAGGUAUGAACAGUCAGACUGUACUUGGGUGAGAAGAGAGCAGGCAGAAAGGAAUCAGCUGAAAAGCUGAGCAGAGUAAAACAAACAAAAAAAAGAUAAAAGAGUUUAAAGUUAAUAAAUGAAGAGAAAAUACAGGGAAAAAAACAUAAAAAGGGAAAAACAAAAAACUUGAAAUAAAGUAGUGUAAGGAGAAAGGGAAGUGUGUUAGUUGGAAGAUAGAAAAGGAACAGGACCAAAGGAAAAUUUGGAUAAAAGUGUAAGGUGAUUGAAGGAGUAAAGGGUUAGUGCCCCCUCCCCGUUGCCAAGCAAGAGCACAGGAAGCUGUGGUUUCCUCUGCUGUCUCUGGUAGCCGGGUUGGGUAAAGGCUCAGGAGACGCAGCCAAGGAGCACAUGGGAAGGGACGACUGGUCUCUGUUUACAAAAUGCUUUCCUGCAUCCCGAGGGGAAUCAGCCCGCAGCGACAUGCAGAGCAGGGAGCUCACCGAAGUCUCCAUCCUCAACUCCAAAAAAAAGCUAGACAUUGUCCGGGAAACCCCUUCCGAGAGACUGCGCAAGUUGAGAAAAAGCAAGACACUGGUGGAUGAGAAGAAGAAGCUUUCCGUUUGGACACUACUAUUAGCGUUGCUCGGGAUUCUGAUAAUGGUCUUACACACGGAGCUACUCUGGUUUGGAAACUGUCAGUGGUUUCUCUAUCUCUUCAUGAUGAAAUGCAGCAUCAGCCUCUCCACUGGAAUCCUGCUCGUUCUAAUCAUCACGUUUCACAUCAAGGAGAUUCAGCUCUUUAUGAAUGAUAACUCUUUAGUAGAUUGGCGCAUUGCUGUGAAUUUGAAAAAAUUUGCCUGGAUUCUUCUAGAGGUAUUGGUGUGUGCAGUGCAUCCCUUUCCAUCCGAACAACAGUGUGAUGACGGAACUGAGGCAGAUGGGAAGCUGCCCUUCCUUUCAGACACAGACAUCAUCUUGUCCAUCCUGAUGUUCCUACGGAUUUACCUAAUCCCCAGAACGGUUCUUCUUCACAGUCGGGUGCUGGUGGAUGCAUCUUACAGAAGUAUUGGUGCCCUCAAUAAUAUCAAAUUCCAGUAUCAGUUUGUAAUGAAAAUCCUGAUGAACACAUGUCCGGGUCGAGUCCUCCUUAUAUUGGCCUUAAGCUUGUGGAUCGUUUCCUCCUGGGUUUUGUCUGUGUGUGAGAGAGAUUAUUAUCGUGGGACUGACAGCUUGACCAAUGCUUUGUGGCUUGUUCCCAUUACCUUCCUUACUAUUGGUUACGGAGACGUGGUACCACAAACUGUGUGUGGCAAGAUAGUGUGUCUGAGCACUGGAGUGAUGGGGGUCGGCUGCACUGCUCUACUUGUUGCUGUAGCUGCCCAGAAGCUGGAAUUCACCAAAGCCGAGAAGCAUGUGCACAACUUCAUGAGGGAUAUACACUAUAAGAAGCAGAUCAAGUGUGCAGCAGCAAAUGUACUGGGGGAAGCAUGGCUUCUGCACAGACACACUAAAAUAGGGGACUACACCAAGAUCCGGCAGCACCAGAGGAACCUGUUAGGAGCCAUUCAUAUAUUUCGCCGCAGGAGAAUUAAGCAUAAAAAUCUACAAGACCAAGUGAAUGCAAUGGUGGAUAUUUCUAAGAUGCAGAUGAUCAUGUACGACUUAGAUGAAAAUCUCAGCUCUUCUCACCGGGCCCUGGAGAAGAAGAUCAGCCAACUGGACAAGAAACUUGAUGAAAUCAGUCAACUAAUAAUGGCAGCAACAGAAUCUUCAAAACUUACUAGCUAGUUAGCAACAAAAAUGGGAUAUCAGAAAGCUUAAGUGUUCGCACAGCACAUGAACUACCAAAGAGUUGUCUUCCAUAUAAAUCGUCCUUCAUUGUCUGAAGGGUUUAACAAAAAUUAUUUUUCAGGGCUGCUCAAAGACCUCAUCUUAUAAGGGCUAAUAAAUUUCACUUGUUAUGUUCUGCUUAAGGUGACCAGAUUUUUAAAAUAAAAUACGGGGACAUUUGUUUUUAUUGGAAAAUGGUAAAAAACUAUUUUAUUAGCAUAUUUUCCUCAAAUUAUAUAUGCAGUGUAUUUAUGGGUUUAUGGAGUGAAUGUAUGAUAUAUAUAUAUAUAUAUAUAUA